AUGAGUUCUUAUCACUACUUUGGAAACAAAGGAGAAAGGAUUCCAGACGACGUGGAAGAGUUAGUUGUUCAUCCUCUGAUUCAUGAGAUUCCGGCACACGCUUGUAGCAACUUCGAACAGCUGUCACGAGUGCAUUUCAAUGGAACCUCUUUAAGGGCAAUCGAAGAGUGUGCCUUUGACGGAUGUGUAAGCUUGUUGGAAAUCGAAAUUCCUCCGUCCGUCGCGGUUAUUGGAGAUUCUGCCUUUAUGGAAUGUGAAGCAUUGACGAGAGUUCGAUUUCAUGAGGAUGGUUUGUUGACUACCAUUGGAAAUUGGGCCUUUCAAAAGUGCUCGUCAUUGGCUGAAGUCAGCAUUCUCUGCAGUGUGGAGACCAUUCAAAAAGGGACUUUUAGCUACUGUGAACUCUUGGCAAGAGUGUUCUUCCAGGAGGGCUUGAAAACAAUUGAUAGGGAUGUUUUUGCAAGCUGUGUGCAAUUGGAAACAGUGGACAUUCCGAGAUCUCUUGAACUAUUGGGCAGCGGCGCCUUUUAUAGGUGUACUUCGUUGCAGGAAGUGAAUUUUGACGAAGAGAACUUGCGAGUGAUUGGAAAACAUGCCUUUAUGCAAUGUUUUAAAAGUUGCAAACAAUCAACAUUCCUUCCACUACUGAGCGUGUUGAACAGGACACAUUCAGCUACUGCGAUUCUUUGA